AUGAAAGAGGGAGAAGAACCAACAUGGAUUAAAAUACCGGAGGACCUUUUGAUACCAUCACUCCAUGAUCCUAUUCAACAAAUUGUGAACAACACUUUCCCUAAUAUGCAACAAAGCUUAGAAUAUAUGAAUUACCUUAAGUCCAGAUGUAUCCUUGCUCCGAAUAACGAAUUUGUUGAUGAAGUAAAUUCUUAUAUUGUUUCAACGAUACAGUCUGAAACAAGAACAUAUUUUAGUGUUGAUUCCAUCAGUCCUACAUCGGAAGCAAUAGAGAAUCAAGAUAUUUUAUUCCCAGUUGAAUUGUUGAAUUCACUGAAGAUUUCUGGAUUCCCAAAUCAUGAAUUGGAGUUGCGGGUUGGUGUUCCCAUCAUGCUUCUAAGAAAUUAUAACCAAAGUAUGGGGCUUUGUAACGGCACAAGGCUUAUAGUCACUAAAUUGGCAGCAUGGGUUAUAGAAGCUAAGAUUAUUACUGGAAACAACAUUGGCAAGAACGUAUUAAUCCAUAAAAUAAUAAUGGAGACAACUGACACUAAGUGGCCAUUCAAACUAAGAAGGAAACAAUUCCCUAUCAAGGUUUGUUUUGCCAUGACAAUCAACAAAAGUCAGGGUCAGACUUUAGAACAUGUGGGUGUUUAUUUGCCCAAGCCUGUAUUCUCUCAUGGCCAGUUAUACGUUGCUGUCUCUAGAACAACUUCUCGCGAAGGUCUCAAAUUUCUGAUUGUCAAUAAGGAAGGUGAACAAGAGGGUUACACACAAAAUAUUCUUUACCAAGAAGCAUUUAAUAAUUUUCCUUAG